GGCUGGGAGCCCAGGCAGCCGUGCCGCGCUCUCAUGCCCUCCGUUGUGUGACCCUGACCACAUCCCAGCUCAGGUGCAUGCAUGCAUGCACACGCACCCCCCCAAGGCAUCCGGGGUGCACGCGUGCGCACGCGCGUGCACACCACACACACACACACACACACACACACUCCAGGCUUCUAGGGAACACUUACAGACACACACACAACUAGGCAUCUGACACACACACACACAAUUAGGCGUCCGGGACACGCACAGAUGCACAGACAUAUAGACAAACAGAGCCCAGGCAUCCGGGACACACUCGCAGACACGCAGACGUGCACAGACACAGAGGCAAACACACAAACACGCUCAGGACACAGGCGUCCGGGACACGCACACAAGCCGCAGGUGGCUGCAACACAGGCACACACAGGACUCAGGCGUCCGGGACACACACACACUCACUCACAUGCACCCCCCCCUUGCACAACAGAGCAGCCCAACCUGUUUUUACGUAAAUGCCCCGCGCCGCCCUGCCCCCCCCGCCCCUCCCUGCCAGCUGGGAGGAGGCCGAGGCUCCGGCUCCUGGCUCCUGGCUCCAGCCCUGCACACGCCUGCCUCGCUGCCCGCACCCGGCUGUGUGCCCCGGCCCCCCCCGGCACCCCCAUGAUGUUCCAGGGGCCCAUGGAGGCGCCCCCCUCACCCCUGCUGUCCCCUGCCGCCUUUGUCAACGCGGCCCAGUACGCCAACGUCCUGGAGGGCCGCUUCAAGCAGCUGCAAGACGAGCGUGAGGCCGUGCAGAAGAAAACCUUCACCAAGUGGGUGAACUCGCACCUGGCGCGCGUGACCUGCCGCAUCGGGGACCUGUACAGCGACCUGCGCGAUGGCCGCAUGCUCAUCCGUCUGCUGGAGGUGCUCUCGGGAGAGCAGCUGCCCAAGCCCACCAAGGGCCGGAUGCGCAUCCACUGCCUGGAGAACGUGGACAAGGCGCUGCAGUUCCUCAAGGAGCAGAAGGUGCAUCUGGAGAACAUGGGCUCCCACGACAUCGUGGACGGCAACCACCGCCUCACGCUCGGCCUCAUUUGGACCAUCAUCCUCCGCUUCCAGAUCCAAGACAUCAGCGUGGAGACGGAGGACAACAAGGAGAAGAAGUCAGCCAAGGAUGCCCUGCUGCUGUGGUGCCAGAUGAAGACGGCGGGGUACCAGAACGUCAAUGUGCACAACUUCACCACCAGCUGGAGGGACGGGCUGGCCUUCAAUGCCAUCAUCCACAAGCACAGGCCGGACCUCAUCGACAUCGAGACGCUGCGCAAGUGCAACGCGCAUUACAACCUGCAGAAUGCCUUCAACGUGGCUGAGCGCGAGCUGGGGCUCACCAAGCUGCUGGACCCUGAAGAUGUCAACGUGGACCAGCCGGAUGAGAAGUCCAUCAUCACCUACGUGGCCACCUACUACCACUACUUCUCCAAGAUGAAGGCCUUGGCUGUGGAGGGCAAGCGCAUCGGGAAGGUGCUGGACUCGGCCAUCGAGGCCGACAAGCUGAUCGAGAAGUACGAGACGCUGGCGUCCGACCUGCUGCAGUGGAUCGAGCAGACCAUCCUGACGCUGAACGACCGGCAGCUGGCCAACUCCCUGGCCGGCGUCCAGAACCAGCUGCAGGCCUUCAACACCUACCGCACCGUUGAGAAGCCCCCCAAGUUCACGGAGAAGGGGAACCUGGAGGUGCUGCUUUUCACCAUCCAGAGCAAGAUGCGAGCCAACAACCAGAAGGCCUACACGCCGCGGGAGGGCAAGCUCAUCUCCGACAUCAACAAGGCCUGGGAGCGCUUGGAGAAGGCAGAGCACGAGCGGGAGCUGGCUCUGCGGAACGAGCUGAUCCGGCAGGAGAAGCUGGAGCAGCUGGCGGCGCGGUUCGACCGCAAGGCGGCCAUGCGCGAGACCUGGCUGAGCGAGAACCAGCGCCUUGUGUCCCAGGACAACUUUGGGCAGGACAUCUCGGCGGUGGAGGCAGCCGUGCGGAAGCAUGAGGCCAUCGAGACGGAUAUUGUGGCCUACAGCGAGCGGGUACAGGCCGUCAGUGCCGUGGCGGCCGAGCUGGAGGCUGAGGGUUACCAUGACCUCAAGCGCGUGCUGGCCCGGCGUGACAACGUGGCCCGGCUGUGGGACUACCUGCGCGAGCUGGUGGCCGCCCGGCGCGAGCGCCUGCUGCUCACCCUCGACCUCCAGAAGAUGCUGCAGGACCUUGCCUACCUCAUGGACUGGAUGGAGGAGAUGAAGGGCCGGCUGCAGUCGCAGGACUUCGGGAAACACCUGCACGGCGUGGACGACCUGCUGCAGAUCCAUGCGCUGGUGGAGGCUGACAUCGCUGUGCAGGCCGAGCGUGUGCGGGCCAUCAGCGCUGCCGCCCAGCGCUUCGCCACCCCCGGGGAAGGCUACAAGCCAUGUGAACCACAGCUGGUGCAGGAGAGGGUGUCCACGCUGGAGCGGGGCUACGAGGAGCUGGUGCGGCUGGCAGGGGCGCGGCGGGCCAAGCUGGAGGAGUCGCGGCGCCUCUGGAAGUUCUUCUGGGACAUGGGGGAGGAGGAGGCCUGGAUGCGGGAGCAGGCGCAGCUGCUGGCCGCGCCGGACGCCGCCCGGGACCUGACGGGUGCCCUGCGCCUCAUCAGCAAGCACCACGCCUUCCGGGACGAGAUGAGCGGGCGCCACGGGCCCCUGCAGCAGGCCCUGGCCCAGGGCCACGAGCUGGUGCGCGAGGGCCACUUUGGAGCCCACGAGGUAGCCGAGCGGCUCCGGGAGAUCGAGGAGCAGUGGCAGCAGCUGGAGGCGCUGGCGGGCGAGCGGGGCCAGCGCCUGGCCGAAGCCGCUAGCCUGCACCAGUUCCAAGCAGAUGCCGCCGACCUGGAGGCCUGGAUGGUGGAUGCCCGGCGCCUCGUCUCCAGCCCAGACGUCGGCCACGACCUCUUCUCCACCCAGAGCCUGGCCAAGAAGCACAAGGACGUGCAGGAGGAGAUCCAGAACCACGGCCCUGCCAUCGCCGCGCUGCGCGAGCAGGCCCAGGCGCUGCCGCCCGCCCUGGCCCAGGCGCCCGAGGUGGCGGGGAGGCUGCCGGGCCUGGAGGAGCGGUACCAGGAGCUGGCCAGGCUGGCCGAGCAGCGCUGGCAGGACCUGCAGGAUGCCCUGCGGCUCUACCAGAUGUUCAGCGAAGCUGACGCCUGCGGCCUCUGGAUGGGCGAGAAGGAGCAGUGGCUCCACGGCAUGACCAUCCCUGAGAAGCUCGAGGACCUCGAGGUCGUGCAGCAGAGGUUCGAGACGCUGGAGCCGGAGGUGAACGCCCUGGGCACGCGGGUGGCCGCCGUCAACCAGGUGGCUGGGCAGCUGCUGAGCACGGACCACCGCCACCGCGACAGAGUCCAGGCCACGCAGAAGGAGCUCAAUGCCAGGUGGGAGCGCUUCCGGGCGCUGGCAGAGGAGAAGAAGGCGGCGCUGACAUCGGCGCUGACGCUGCAGAACUACCACCUGGAGUGCGACGAGAUGCAGGCCUGGAUGCGGGACAAGACCAAGUUGAUCGAGUCGACACAGGGGCUGGGCAACGACUUGGCAGGCGUCACAGCGCUGCAGCGCAAGCUGUCAGGCGUGGAGCGUGACCUGGCUGCCAUCGGUGCCAAGGUGCAGGGCCUGGGGGCCGAGGCCGAGGCGCUGGCCGGGCGCCACCCCGAGCAGGCAGGCGCAGUGCGGGCGCGCCUGGCCGAGGUGCAGGAGGGCUGGGCGGCGCUGCAGGACACGCUGCGGCGCCGCGAGGAGUCGCUGGGCGAGGCACGCCAGCUGCAGGGCUUCCUGCGCGACCUGGACGACUUCCAGGCCUGGCUGUCGCGGGCGCAGACGGCCGUGGCCUGCGAGGAUGAGCCGGCGGCGCCGGCUGAGGCGGAGCGGCUGCUGGCCCAGCACGGCGCUGUGCGGGAUGAGCUGGAGCGCUACCGGCCCGAUUGCCAGCGCCUGCGGGCCAUGGGCUGCCGCGUCACGCAGGGCCACAGCGACCCGCAGCACCUCUUCCUGCGCCAGCGCCUGCAGGCCCUCGACACUGGCUGGGACGAGCUGGGCCGCAUGUGGGAUGGGCGCCAGCACCACUUGGCCCGGGCCCACGCCUUCCAGCUCUUCUUGCGCGACGCCCGCCAGGUCCAGGGGCUGCUCAGCAACCAGGAGUACGUGCUGUCACACACGGAGAUGCCCAGCACUCUGCAGGGCGCCGAGGCCGCCAUCAAGAAGCAGGAGGAGUUCAUGGCCAGCAUGGAGGCCAGCGGGGAGCGCAUCCAGGGGCUGUUGGCUGCCGGGAGGAAGCUCCUGGCCGAGGACCCCAUCCACGCAGACAAGGUCCGGGAGAAGGUCGACUCCAUCGAGAGCAGGCACGAGCGGAACCGGGAAGCCGCCAGCGAGCUGCUGGGGCGGCUGCGGGACAACCGGGAGCUGCAGCACUUCCUCCAGGACUGCCAGGAGCUCACCCUGUGGAUCAACGAGAAGAUGCUGACGGCCCAGGACAUGUCAUACGACGAGGCCCGGAACCUGCACACCAAGUGGCAGAAGCACCAGGCCUUCACAGCCGAGCUGGCCUCCAACAAGGACUGGCUGGACAAGAUUGACACGGAAGGGCAGCAGCUGCGGGCGGAGAAGCCGGAGCUGGAGGCAGUGGUGACGGAGAAGCUGCGGGGGCUGCACGGGCUGUGGGACGAGCUGGAGUCCACCACGCGCACCAAAGCCCAGUGCCUGUUCGAUGCCAACCGGGCCGAGCUGUUUGCGCAGAGCUGCAGCGCGCUGGAGGCCUGGCUGGCCGGCGUGCGAGCUCAGCUGCAGUCCGACGACUACGGCAAGGACCUCACCAGCGUCAACAUCCUCCUCAAGAAGCAGCAGAUGCUGGAGAACCAAAUGGAUGUGCGGGAGAAAGAGGUGGAGGCCAUCCGGGCCCAGGCACAGGCCCUGAGCCAGGAGGACGCCAAUACGACCGAGGUGGACGGCACUUUCCGGGCAGUGGAGGAGAAGUUCCAGGGGCUGCGGGGGCCGCUGCAGGACCGCUGUGCCCGGCUCUUGGCCUCAAAAGAAGAGCACCAGCUCAACCGUGACCUAGAGGACGAGAUUCUGUGGGUGAAUGAGCGGAUGCCCCUGGCUGUUUCCACUGACCAUGGCAAGGACCUGCCCAGCGUCCAGCUGCUCAUCAAGAAGAACCAGACACUGCAGAAGGAGCUGCAGGGCCACGCGCCACGGGUGCAGGAGCUGCUGGGGCGGCGGGCAGGGCCGGCGGGGCGGCUGGCAGCCCUGCGCGAGGCCUGGGAGGAGCUGCAGGCACAGACCGAGCUGCGGCACCAGCGCCUCGAGCGGUCCCAGGCCGCCCAGCAGUUCUACUGUGAUGCCGCUGAGGCCGAGGCCUGGAUGGGCGAGCAGGAGCUGCACAUGAUGUCCCAGGAGAAGGCCAAGGAUGAGCUGAUCGCACAGGCCAUGCUGAAGAAGCACCUGGUGCUGGAGCAGGCGCUGGAGGACUACGCCCAGACCAUCCAUCAGCUCUCCGCCCAGAGCCGCGACAUGGUGGCCAGCGGGCAUCCCGAGAGUGAGCGGCUGCGGCUGCGGCAGGGCCAGGUGGACAAGCUCUACGCCAGCCUGAAGGACCUGGCGGGGGAGCGGCGGGGGCAGCUGCAGGAGCAGCAGCGUCUCUGUCAGCUCAAGCGGGACGUGGACGACCUGGAGCAGUGGAUCUCGGAGCGCGAGGUGGUGGCCGCCUCCCACGAGCUGGGCCAGGACUAUGAGCACGUCACCAUGCUGCGGGACAAGUUCCGGGAGUUCUCGCGGGACACGAGCGCCAUCGGGCAGGAGCGGGUGGACGGGGUGAACGCGCUGGCAGACGAGCUCAUCGCAGGCGGCCACUCGGACAGUGCCACGGUGGCGGAGUGGAAGGACGGGCUGAACGAGGCCUGGGCCGACCUGCUGGAGCUGAUGGACACGCGCAGCCAGAUGCUGGCGGCCUCCUACGAGCUGCACCGCUUCUAUCACGACGCGCGCCAGGCCCUGGCCCAGGUGCAGCACAAGCAGGCACAGCUGCCCGACGAGCUGGGCCGCGACCUCAACACGGCCGAGGCCAUGCAGCGCUCCCACAGUGCCUUCGAGCAUGACAUCCAGGCCCUCAGCGCGCAGGUGCAGCAGGUGCAGGAGGAUGCGGGCCGGCUGCAGAAGGCCUAUGCAGGCGAGAAGGCUGAGGACAUUGGGCGGCACGAGCAGGCGGUGAGCGAGGCCUGGGCCGCGCUGGGCACCCGCAGCCGCUGCCGCCGCCAGCUGCUGCUCGACACUGUCGACCGGUUCCGCUUCCUGCGCGCCGUGCGCGACCUGCUGCUCUGGAUGGAUGGCGUCCUGCUUCAGAUCGAGGGCCACGAGCGUCCGCGGGACGUGUCCUCGGCUGACCUGGUCAUCAAGAACCACCACGGGAUCAAGGCAGAGGUGGAAGCGCGGGCGGACAGCUUCACGGCCUGUGUGGCCACGGGCACUGCACUGCUGGAGAGGGGGCACUAUGCUGCCGAUGAGAUCUCAGAAAAGCUGUCGGAGCUGCAGGCGCGGCGCAAGGAGAUCGGGGAGCGGUGGCAGGACAAGAUGGACUGGCUGCAGAUCGUGAUGGAGGUGCUGAUGUUCGGGCGUGAUGCCAGCAUGGCGGAGGCAUGGCUGUCCAGCCAGGAGCCCAUCGUGCGCUCGGCCGAGCUGGGAGGCAGCGUGGCCGAAGUCGAGAACCUCAUCAAGCGGCACGAGGGCUUCCAGAAGUCGGUGGCAGCCUGGGAGGAGCGCUUCCUAGCACUGGAGCGCCUCACUGCGCUGGAGGAGAAGGAGCGGUGCCGGCGGGAGGAGGAGGAGGCCAGGAAGAGGCAGCCGCCGGAACCGGAGCCAGUGCCGGAGCCAGAGCCCACGGCCGCAGCACAGCCAGCCCCAGCCCUGGAUGGGCAGCAGGGGCCAGCCUCCAGCCAUGGUGCCAGGACCCCCACCAUGCAGAUCUGCCCCACGGAGCUGCCCGCCAUCAAUGGCAUCUGCCCCGACUCAGAGUCUUCCCAGGUCUUGGAGACAACAGAGGCAACGAAUGGGGCAGGGCCAGACCCGCUGGCUAAGGAUAAGGAGCAGAGCCCCACCCCCUCGCCCAAGCCCCGCCCCAAGGGCCCCAUCCUGAUUGCCGACCCCGCCCAUGCCGCCACCCUCCCACCCAGGGCACCUGAGCCCCCUGCCCAGGAGAGUAUGGAGGGGGCCCUGUGCCGCAAGCAGGAGAUGGAAGCCCAGGGCAAGAAGGCAGCCAACAGGUCAUGGCAGAACGUGUACUGUGUCCUGCGCAAGGGCAGCCUCGGCUUCUACAAGGACGCCAAGAAUGCGGGCCACGGCGUGCCCUACCACGGCGAGGCGCCUGUUGGCCUGCAGGGCGCCCAGUGCAGCGUGGCCCUUGACUACAAGAAGCGCAAGCAUGUCUUCAAGCUGGGGCUGAGCGACGGCAGAGAAUAUUUAUUCCAGGCUAAGGACGAGGCGGAGAUGAGCACCUGGAUGCGGGUGAUCAACACCUCGGCGGCUGGUGCCCCCGCUCCCCAGUGGGACACAGAGGAGCCGCCCGCGGGGCCGGGCCGGGGCAUGACGCGGGCCAUGAGUAUGCCACCCGUGCCGGCUGCCGAGGGCCCCGUCACCCUGCGCAGCAAGGAGGGCAAGGAGAGGGACCGCGAGAAACGCUUCAGCUUCUUCAAGAAGAACAAAUAGGGGCCCCGGGGGGCAGGGGGGCUGCUGCUGCCGGGACUGCACCGCCCGGCUAUUUAAUCCAUGGGACCGAUGGAGGGACACGGGUAGGGCCUGCGGGGCUCCAGGCUCAGGGUGUAGGGCAGUGCGGGGCGGCUGCCGGGGGCUUGCUGGGAAGGGGUAGGGGGCAAAAGCUUGCAGGGCACGAGGCACAAGGUCCUGGGGGGUUGGGGCUGCCGAGCUGGGACGCAGCAUGGCCGGGAGCACCGGGGACCUCUGGGAGAGCCACAAGGAGGGCUGGGAGGGGGUCUCUGCAGCCCCCCACCCCCUUUCCCAUCCCAGGGGGGCUCGGCCUUGCCCUGGGCUCUCUCUUUCCAAGCUGGGGGGCCUGCCGACAACACGCAGCAGGGUUUGGGGGGGGGCGCCCGGCCUGGGCCUGGGGCGGAGGCUGGCUCAAGAGCUCGCUCUCCCCGUGCUGAGCUCUGCUGGCCUGGCACCCACCGGGGGGGUGAACCCACACCCGGCUAUGACCUUGUGUUGCCCCCCCCCGCUUUGCCCCCCCAACCCCAGCUGAUUUCCUUGGCCUCCGGCGGCCCCGGGACGUGACUUGUUUCUGAUUUGUGCCUUCCUGCCACGAGCGCUUGCUAAAGCCCCCCGCCCCGGCGAUGGCGGAGGAGAGAGCUGCCCCCUGCCCACCCACCCACCAGGGGGAGCCGCCCAGGGCGGGCGCAUGGCAGCCCCUGCCUGGGCCCGAGGGCGCCGGGGCUGGCUCCCGUGUCGGCUCCGGCCCCGCGCGCCCCCUGAGCGUGUCCUGGUGAUAUUUCUGUGCUUGUGGGAAACAUUAUUCACGUGUUUGCAGUCGCACCUGUUCCGACUUUUGACAGAAACUCCAAAAUAAAGAGUCUGUGUAAAGACA